UUGUUCGAAACAAAAAAAAAAAAACUAUUUGUAUCAUUUUGUAUUAAAGUCCUGUGUUACUACAUUUUGGGCUUACGUCAAUCUAUCCAUCGGCGGCGCCUCCCUCUGAGCAGCUGCUUACACAGUAAUGGCGGAAGAAGCAGUACUAGGGUUCCUUCAUCAGAACGACGAGAUUUCAGAUUCCGGUCAGUUUGCUACUCAAUCGGGCAUCUCUCACGACGAAAUCGUCAACGUCAUCAAGAGUCUCAGCGCUUUCCACUUCGUCGAUGCUAAGGACAUUAAACGAGAUAGUUUGAUACUUACUGAUGAGGGAAGGACAUAUGCUACCGCAGGAUCUCCUGAAGUCCAAUUGGUCAAAGCUAUCCCUCCAGAGGGCAUAACACCAAAAGAAUUGGAGAACAAAUUGGGCUCUCAGAUAUUCAAAUUAGGGCGGCAAUAUGCCAUAAAAAAUAAAUGGGUGGAGAUGGGGAAAUCAGAAGUGACUAAAAAGAUUGACACUGUUGAUGAUGAAGUUCAAAAAUUGCUAAUGCGAAUACAAAAGGGGGAGGUCAUGAAUUCUACCGAGGAUGCUGCUGCCAUCAAAAUGCUCAAAAGUAGAAAACUGAUUGCUUCACAGAUAUGGAAAGGUUACUCAGUGAAGAAGGGUCCCAAAUAUGCCCGUGAAAGGAGAAAGCCAGCUACUGAUUUAACUCGAGAAAAUCUCCAAAGGGAUGACUGGAAGAAUCUAGAGUUUAAAGAAUAUAAUUUUGAAGCGAAGGGUUUCCCCGUUGAGGGUGGUCAUCUUCAUCCGCUGCUGAAGGUGCGAAGACAAAUGCAGAUGAUUUUCCUCCAAAUGGGGUUCGAAGAAAUGCCAACAAACAAUUAUGUUGAAAGCAGCUUCUGGAAUUUUGAUGCCCUUUUUCAACCACAACAACAUCCCGCCCGGGAUUCACAUGACACAUUUUUCCUGAAAGAGCCUUCAACCACAAAGACACUCCCGGAGGAUUACGUUGCGCGGGUAAAGCAAGUUCAUGAAUCUGGUGGCUACGGUUCCAGAGGAUAUGGAUACGAUUGGAAAAGAGAGGAGGCAGAUAAGAACCUUUUGCGAACUCAUACAACUGCUGUUUCCUCGAGGAUGCUGUAUGCACUUGCACAGAAACCAUUUGCAGGCCAAAGAUACUAUUCAAUUGAUCGUGUUUUCCGAAAUGAAGCUGUUGAUCGUACACAUCUUGCAGAGUUCCAUCAGAUUGAAGGCCUAAUAUGCGACCGGGGCCUUACCCUUGGUGACCUACAAGGCGUUCUGCAAGACUUCUUCUCGCGUCUAGGAAUGUCCAAGCUGCGUUUCAAGCCUGCUUACAAUCCUUAUACUGAACCAAGCAUGGAAAUUUUUGGUUACCAUGAAGGAUUUAAGAAAUGGGUUGAAAUUGGAAAUUCCGGUAUGUUUAGACCUGAAAUGCUGCUUCCUAUGGGACUCCCGGAAGAUGUUCGUGUGAUUGCCUGGGGCCUCUCCCUUGAAAGGCCAACUAUGAUACUCUAUGGAAUUGAUAACAUUAGGGAUCUCUUUGGGCACAAGGUGGAUCUAGGUCUUAUCAAAAGUAACCCUAUAUGUCGGAUAGGUAUUCAGUAAAAUUUGCUUAAGAACCCAAAUUUUAGCACAUACUUGUAUUUUUUUGAGAACUAAUAACAUGAGGUUUGAGAUUAUUUAGUUCCAUUGGAGGAUCUUUACAAGUGAACUAUAUAUCAUGUUUAUUGAGAUAACUUCCAAGGUUUUGAUC